GGCUGCGAAUUUUGGGAGAGAAACAACGUCAGACUCAAGACUAUUGUUGAUGUGUUUUGUUUGUAGCGUGUGCAAGUUAUAGAUGGCUAGAUGGAAGGCAAUCUGCCUACGUCUUCCUGCAUCAUGGCACAUCAACUUCCGUCUCAACAGCAGCAUCCUUCGACGUACAGCCUUUCUCAUUUUUGCUCUGACUCUCAUUGGACUUAUCUUUAUCUUCUACCUGGAGGUUGAAAUGCCCCCAGUCAUACAUGACCCCUUGAAUGACCUCAUCAAUAAGUAUGAACUGCUUGAGGUCACAGAUACCAAAGAUGAGAAUUUAUACUACGGGGUCGUGAUUGAUGCUGGUAGUAGUGGCACAAGAGUCUAUGUAUAUUUUUGGCCCAGGCAUGUUGGAGACACCAACAAACUCCUCAGGAUACAUCAAAUGAGAGACAAACGAAGGAAACCAGUGGUCAUGAAAAUCAAGCCAGGUCUUGCCACUAUGGCCAACAAUCCUUCCGAAGCCAGUGAUUAUCUGAAGCCAUUACUGGACUAUGCAGCCAGUCAUAUUCCCAGAGCUAAGCAUCCUGAGUCUCCACUUUACAUCUUGGCAACAGCUGGCAUGAGGAUGCUACCACUCAGCAAGCAAGAAGCCAUUCUACAAGAUCUAAAGACAGACAUUCCCCGGGACUACAACUUCCUGUUUUCAGACACGCAGGUGGAGGUGAUCAGUGGUAAACAAGAGGGAGUGUAUGCAUGGAUUGGAAUCAACUACGUGCUGGGAAGAUUUGAUCAUGCUGAUGAUAAUGAUGCCAUGGUUGAAGUCGAUGUCACUGGGGAGAAUGGUAUAGUUUCUGUGCUUCGUAAACGCACCGUAGGAAUCCUAGAUAUGGGAGGAGGCUCCGCCCAAAUUGCCUUUGAAGUUCCACACACCGUAAGCUUCGACCAGUCGGGUCCUCAGGAAGAUGUAGCUAAAGGUAUGCUGGCUGAGUUCAACCUUGGUUGCGAUGUUCACAAGACAGAGCACAUCUACCGUGUGUAUGUCACAACAUUCCUUGGGUAUGGAGGCAAUGCAGCCAGAACACGUUAUGAAAAAGCUCUAGUGAAUGUCACCUUCACCAGAAUGAGAAGUACUCCUAACCCUCCGGGUCUAAAUGAAGAUUCCCCAGUUUUGGAUCCUUGCUUACCUGUCAGUUUACAAGAUAAAGUAACCCACGAUGGUCGGACAAUCUACCUGAAGGGAACUGGUGAUUAUAAACAAUGCCAAACGUCCCUGCUGCCCCUCAUGAAUCUAACAAUUCCCUGCAGCAAGAAGCCAUGUUCAUUCAACGGUGUCUUCCAGCCUGAGAUUGAAUUUGAUAACAGCGAGUUUUAUGGUUUCUCUGAGUACUGGUACUGCAUGGAGGAUGUGCUUCGCAUGGGAGGAAUGUACGAAUACGUCAAAUUUGAAAAAGCAGCCAAGGAUUAUUGUGCAACACGGUGGUCAUUAAUACAAGAGCAUCAUGAAAAAGGCCUGUAUACCAAAGCUGAUGCACACAGAUUACAGUAUCAAUGCUUUAAAUCAGCGUGGAUGACUACGGUCCUACACAAAGGCUUUGGAUUUCCUGAAAACUAUCAGUACCUGCGCACUGCCAGCCUUAUACAGGACAAAGAGGUGCAGUGGACAUUGGGUGCCAUACUUCACAGGACACGCUUUUUCCCUCUUAGGGAGAUCGAGCAAGGUGUAUUCCAGAAGCAAGUUCCUCCUCCUUGGAUUCACGCCUCCCAAGUCUCCAAUCAAUACAUCCUUAUUAGUUGUUUCAUUGUAGUCUGUAUCUUCAUCUUCCUUUACUUGCGCUGGCUGAGGAUAUUUGGACCCAGACCACUACCUCGGGUACCGACUAUGGCCUACUUCAUGACAGAGGAGGGACAAAUCCAGGAAGGGAUACAGGAAACAGGAGCUGUGCUACUCAACUAAUGGUAGGAUCACCCCUUUUGGCUAAAUGGAAUCAUCCCAAAUAAAAUGCUCUUGAAGAUUUUGGACAGAAAAUCAGGCUUUUGUGUACUUACAAUAAAUAUAUUAAGAAUGGAAAUGUGGAGAAUUAUUUUUUGUGUUUCUAGGGUUUUAAUUACAGUUGUUAUACAUGUGACUGUGUGAUUAUUGUUGAAUUUUUUAAUUUGUCAGUGGAAUGAUAACAGACGUUUACAACGUUUGAAUUGGUUGUUGGCUCUGAUGGCCACAGGCUCAUCUAAUUGGAUCAUCUUCUCAGAGGAAACAUACUGUGAUUUGACUCAUUCUGUCCUCAUAAAGUUGUAUUCAAAUAAGACCUUAACUAUUCCCCAAUAAGCAUAUUCCAAAUGCAUAAAAUCCAAAUCAUGUUAUAUCUCAAGUGUUAAAUUCAGGAGGCUUGAGGAAAAGUCCAAGCCAAAAUGUGGCAGGGGAUAGUCAGACCUAUGGCUCUUUGUGUUGCUGGAGGUAAAUUUUGUGGUUUUUAUUGAGCUUUUGGAAUUUGAGACAGUUAACAAGGUCUUUGUGUAGAGGUUAUUGAGAAAAUAGGCAGCUUGGCAAUGUUUAUCUUUCAUUGACUUCUCACAAAGGGGUUGAUAAUAUUUCUAAGAUGUCAGUCCGUUGCAGAUUACUUCCUGGUAAAUACUAGUGUCCGCAUACACUCGUGAGUAGAGACCCUCCUUCCAAGAUUGAAGUACAUGUAUCUCAUCGGUUAACAUAAAAACAGCCAUGAAUCGGAUUCUGAUCUAGCCCAUUCAUGUUCAAUACUAGUCUUUCCUCCAUAUUCUACAGUUUUUUAGUAAGGGUGGUUAAGACUGGCUCAGGAGAAUGGACGUGAGGGCAUUAUCAGGGUUUGUUCUUCUGAGCAAGGUCUGAACCCAUUCAUAAAUACUUUUUUAUUUGGAGAGUCAAAAGAAGUCAACAUAUGAUAGAUUCCAAUGAUAGUGUUCUAAAAUUUUACUUUCAUUUUCCUGAACACCCCCGUCCAUUUUCUUGUACAUGUACAUGCAUAUUUCUUUGAAAGUUAUCCAGUAGAAUCUCCUAUGGACUUGGUGUGCGCAUGGCGCAUUCUGUGUGUUGCGUCACAUACAGACUCAUCAAUUGCAUUUUCCCAUUGCAACAUUACUUGUAAUAAUGGCUCAGUGAGAAUGCACCAAUAUCUGCAAUGUGUCUAAUCUGUAGGUAUUCCCCCAAAUUAUUUUGGUCUUUAAGGUCACAAAGUUUGUUUUCAAUUUCCUUACUUUGUCUUUACAAAAGUUUUUAUUAAGACUUCAGUGUGUUUUUGUUCUUCUGGUGUCUUUUUUCUGAAUUUUAGAAUUUCUCUGUAAUGAAAAAAUAUACAUGUAUAAGUGGUCUGGGUUAUUAUAUUGAAGCUAUCACUGGAAUGUCGGUUGAAAUAGAGAAAAAUAAAUUAAUUUAAAAAGAUCAGCGUACUUUCUCUUUGUUCAAUUUACAGAAUUUUUAUAUUGCCAAUGCAGACACAAUGAUUGCACAAGCAGUCAGACUGGUGAGCUAACCAACCGAUGCAUGAAAUUGACUAGGAGAAUGAACUACAAGUUAUAUAAAUGUUGUUCCAAAAUGGUGAGAAUACACCUCUCAGGGUAAAGCUUGUGAGGAUCAAAGAGAUAUCCGUGUCUUCUGUGUGCAAGAACAAGAGAUGAUGUACGUGUAUCUCACAAAGAAAACAAAGCAUGCAAAGGCUAUUUCUGUUGAAAUGUAGGGUCUCCGUGUGUAUACAUGUGUGUUGAAAUAAUCCCACUAGCUUGUCUCAUCUUUGCCAAUGAGGGCGUGCUCCAUUUCAUAGCAAAUAUAAUCAGUAAUAUAAUUGCAGAAGAGAUGCCACUCAUCUAGUAUUUAAAUAUUCCACAUCAUGACAUCCGCAUAACGUACAGGUAGAUUUCAUUCAACUGAGCCUAGUAUCCUCAUGGGGACUUCUAUACCAAAUAGGUAAGUUUACCUUAUUUCAUUUCAGUUUGACAUUUCUCUUGCAUUCUCUUUUCAGAGCAGAACCAGUUUUCUGUACAUAAAAUACCAAAACAGAUGUUUGCCUAGAUUGAUAGUUAACAGAAAGUUUAUUCAGUAACAUUUAGUUUUUCACAUAAGUUUACAUACAUAUAUCUUGAUGUCAAAAUCAAGUUUGUAUGUUUAAUGUAUUUAUAGGUCAGUUCAGUGCAAAAAUACAAAUAUAUCACACACUGCUGCCCAGGUUGAUCUUUUUGUGCCACUUUGCUUGAACAGAAAUAAUGAAAAAAAUUAAGAGAAAAGAAAAA